AUGGUCCGCGUUUCGGUGGUGGCGUCGCUGCUUGCUGCGCCAGCCGUGGUCUCUGCGGCAGCGUCUACGCACAGCUCCCGACGCUUCGUCCCCGGCGCUUACAUCUUUGAGCUCGCGGACGGUCAUGAUGCGUCGGCCAUGCUCUCUGACGUCGGCACCGCCGGCACCGUACGUAUGCACCUGAAUUACAAGCUGUUCAAAGGCAUAUCGGUGCAACUUCAUGACGUGGACAAGGCGGAGGAGCACGCGGCCAAGAUUGCGUCCUCAGCUAGCAUUAAGAAUGUCUGGCCCGUCGAGAUCCAUUCCGUCCCCAAGCUCCCAGACCAGCACCUUGCUCGAGCUUCCAUGACGAAACGCGCCACCCUCACAGCGCGUGAUGACAAUCCGACCAAGGAUGAUUAUACGACGCACAUCAUGACCCAGGUUGACAAGCUGCACGCCAAAGGCAUCACAGGGAAGGGGGUCAAGAUAGCCAUAGUUGACACCGGGGUCGACUAUAAGCAUCCGGCUCUGGGCGGCUGCUUCGGUCCAGGCUGCCACAUCUCCUUUGGAACGGAUCUUGCGGGCGACGACUAUACAGGAUAUAACACGCCAACGCCUGACAACGACCCGAUGGAUUGCAUCGGCCACGGCACGCACGUCACCGGCAUCAUCGGCGCGCUACCCAACCCGUACAACUUCACGGGGGCCGCGCUCGAUGCCACCCUGGGGAUGUACCGCGUCUUCGGGUGCUUGGGCAACGCAGGCGAUGACCUCCUGAUAGCGGCGUUCAACAUGGCGUUCCAGGAGGGCGCCGAUAUCAUCACAGCGUCUAUUGGCAGCGCCAGCGGCUGGACCGACACGGCCUGGAGCGUGGCCGCCGCGCGCAUCGUCGAGAACGGCGUGCCGUGCACCAUAUCUGCCGGAAACGAAGGCGUAUAUGGCUUGUUCUUCACCUCGCAGGCAGCCGGCGCAAAGGGGGUCACGGCCGUCGCAUCUUUCAACAACGCCCUCACCACUGUGGCGACGUACACAUGCUACGCCGAGAUUGAUGGCGGCAACAGGCAGGACUUUGGCUACCUUCCUGCGCUGGAACAGUACGACUGGCCCGAGGAGCCGCUGCCCCUAUACGCCCUGAGUCUGAACACGUCCAUCGUCGGCGACGGAUGCAGCCCGCUGCCCGACGACACGCCCGACCUCAGUGGGUACGCCGUCUUGGUUCGCCGGGGCGGCUGCUUCUUCGUGGACAAGGCGUGGACGGUCAUCGCCAAGGGCGCCAAGUACAUGAUUGUCUACGACGACCGGCCCGGCUGCGACGGCGUGGACCUAGGCGCGGCCGGCGGCAACAUGACCGCUGCCGGCAUGGUCCCCGCGACCACGGGCGAGGCCUUUAUCGAGGCCAUCAAGGGCGGGCACAACGUCACCGUCGUCAUGAGCAACCCGGACAAGGGGUUUUCGCAGUAUCUCUACUUCAACGACAACCCGGUCACGGGUGGCGCUGUCAGCUCCUUCUCGUCGUGGGGCCCAACCUUCGAAGGCGACCUGAAGCCUCAGGUAGGCGCGCCUGGUGGCAGCAUCAUCUCGACGUGGCUCACGAAUAGGGGCAGCUACACCCCCCAGAGCGGCACAUCCAUGGCGGCGCCCCUUGUGGCAUCGGUCAUGGCCCUCGUCGGCCAGGUGCGCGGGACAUUUGACCCCAAGACGCUGAAUAACCUCCUCUCCGCCACGGCAAAGCCUCAAAUCUGGAACGACGACACGCAGUGGCUUCCCGGGAAGCUGGCACCGGUGCCCCAGCAAGGCGCGGGCAUCGUGCAGGCGUACGACGCCGCCUAUGGAACCACGCUUCUCGAGCCGUCGGGCCUCUCCUUUGGCGACACCGACCACUCUGCAAAGGAGGUCACCUUUGCCAUCUCCAACAAGGGGGCGCAGCAGGUUUCGUACAACAUCUCCCAUGUGCCGGCCCUGACCAUGUAUGCUCUGCAGGCGGGGAGUGCCUUUCCGCCCUGGUUCCCAAACGACAUAUUUGACGGAUCUGCCGCUCUCACUUUCUCGGAGACGCAGGUCGUCCUCGAGCCGGGCCACCGCAAGACCGUGUCCGUAUCGGCCCAGCCACCGCAAGGCGCCAACGCGAAGCGGCUCCCGGUGUGGUCGGGCUACAUCGCCAUCAAUGGCACCGAUGGGACGUCUCUGUCGAUGCCGUACCAGGGCAUCGGCGGCUCGCUGCACGGAGCGACGAUCCUGCCGGCGGACGGGACCUACAUCGCCCGCAACGACGACUAUUACGUCCCCGUGGCAGCCAACACGACCUUCACCCUGCCGGCGCCAGGGAAGUGGACCGGCGAGCAGGUCGUCCCAGCCAUCAACAUAACGCUGGCGUUCGGCGCCAAGAAGAUGCGCUGCGACGUCGUGCCGCUGACGACGUGCCCGCCGGCCAAUCUCACCGUCGACGACCCCCUCGGCGGCGGCUUCAAGACCGUCGGCCAGCUGGACCGCUUCCCCUACCUGCUGAACCCUCGCGUCGUCACCACGUACGACUGGGACGGGCUCCUCGACAACGGCAACUACGCACCGGCCGGCAAGUACAAGCUCGUGACGCGCGCCCUGCGCAUCUUUGGCGACGAGGCCAAGCUGGCAGACUGGGACGUGUCGGAAACGGUCGGGUUCUACAUCAAGUACGAGACGUAG